AUGGAGUAUAUUUAAUAGAUUUUAUUCGACAGCACAAGAAUUAUUAUUAAUAUAUCAACUAAUUUGACUCUAAAAUUCGAUAAUGAAAUGAUGAUUUUCUUUUAAUUAAGGUAUCUAAUUUAAUUGAUAAAAUAAAGAGUUUAGUAUUCUUAAACAUUUGUCAGACUUAUAUAUUUAAUUAAACGAAUAAACUUAUCAAUAACUCCUUUCAUUCCUUAUCUAUUUGAUAUCAUUAAUAAAGGAUAUAGAAUUAAAAAUUGA